AUGCCCAAGAUCCUGGCCUGCAAUGAGCUGCUGCCACGCGGCGAGGUGCCUUCUAGCUUCAAGGAGCUGGAGGCGCUGCACGCCAGGACCUUGCAGACCUUGGACGACUUUGAGAAACGGCGCUACUCCGAGUGGAAGCUCGAGGUGGGUGAAGCAGCAAAGCGGCUUCACCUACGCCUCCUGCGUCGGCACGACAGGACGGGCCUCUUGAAAGUGAACUUCGACCCUGCCCUGGUCCGCUUGCUGCGCGAGGUGCGGUUUUUUCUGAUCUAUGGCUUGGAGGUUCCAGAUGAGGCGUUGACCAUCUAUAGCAUGGUGGACACUUACCGGAGAUGGACCAGCCAGUUGGACCACAUCGUGGAGCUCUACAACUCGGUCCUUACAGACCUCUUACCGGUGGAGGAACCCUUGUUGGAAGACCGGAUCAUGAAGAUGGACAACGCGCUGGCCCCUGGACUCACGGAGCUGAAGUGGUCGCGUGAAGAUCGGAUACCCGACUUCAUCGCUGGAGCCAUGAAAGUAGUGAGCGAUGUCUCGGCAAUCGUCGACAUCAUGAAGGGGAACCUGCGCAAGAUCUCCGGCAUCCUCUCGCAGUGGUGCAAGGACUCGAUGCUGGAGAGGAAACGUGGAGCCAAGCCGGUGUCUGUCGAGGAGUUCGAGCAAAACCACAAAGCGCGCGUCGGAGUCCGGCUGAUGAACAUGACGGAUGGCGGCAAGGAGAUUCACCGCUACGUGAAGGACUCCAGCGAGUCCCUGAAGAUCUCCAAGUCCGCCGUGACCUGGAAGGCCUAUGUGGACUUCGUGAACAACGUCGUCAUCGAGGGCUUCGUCUCUGCCAUUGCCGUUUCCCUGCAGUACCUCUGCGAGAUCCUCGAUCCGUUGAUCAUUGCCCGGCACGAGAUGCUGCCCCUCUUUGAUGUAAAGAUCGAGCUGCAGGGUGACGAAAUUGUCUUUGACCCACCAUUCGAGGACGAAGAUACGCCAAGCCGCACGACGCUCCGCCACACCAUCGAUGGCUGGCUCAAGGACUUCUUUGCAAUGGCCACGGUCAUGGUGCGCCUGGACUCCAGCAUGGGCGACUACCUGAAUGAAAUAAAGGAGCACUUCCAAAUGCAGUGCCUACUCUCGCUCGUCUCGGAGCUGAUCGACAACACUGAGUCCAAGUGCUUGGAGUACCGUGAGAAUUUCAUGACGCACUCCUUUCUUUGGACCGACAGUGUCGAGAAGACCUUCGACCGGUUCUUGCAAGAAGAUCCCAAGGAGCUGGUCGAGUUUUUUGAGGGCGGCAUGAGCUUCCGCGAGAUUAUGCACCGCAUCAAGGUCGAUCUAGGACCCGCCAUUCCGCCCCUGGACCACUUUGAGAAGGAAGUCGCGCGCUUCGAGCACCUGAAGCAGGAGCUGUCCAUGAAAAAGACCCCCACAGACAUCCAUUGGCUCCGGAUCGACGCGCAGCCCGUCAAGGUCACCUUGGUGAACUGUGCCCGCAGAUGGGAGGAGAAGUAUACGGGCUUCCUGCGAACCUUUGUCGAGGACCGCAUCGCCUCUCUCAGCUCGUUCAUUGACUCAGUCAGGAUGGGCUUGGGGCCUCCCUCGGCGGCCGAAAAUCCCGAGGAUGAGCGGCUGCUUUACCAGACGAUGACCAAGAUCCGCGAUGUGAAGCUGGCGCGUGGUGCCAUGCAGAGGCUCUUCCACCCUUUGCGUGAGCAGGUGCAGGUGCUGAAGAAGCACCAUGCGCCCAUCUCGGAGGAGCGUUGGAACAGCCUGGAGCAGGCACCGGCGCACUGGGCCGAGGUGGACCGGGCAGCUUUCAACGAGAAAGAGAAGAUUUUGCCGCUGCAGAACCAGGAGAUGCAAAAGAUCCGCGUCAAGAUCGAGGGUUUUCGUGAGGAUGUGCGGAACUUCCGGGCCGAAUUUCUGGAACGGUGCCCUUUUGGAAGUGAACAUGCUGUCACUGGUGCGUAUGACAAAAGCUACGCCAUCAUCAACGAGUACUACGGCAAGACCAUGGAGAUCCAAGCCCGAGCUGAACAGUUCAACGAUCUGGAGUUGCUCUUUGACAUGGCGAUGUCCGACUACCGUCCCUUGAAUGACUGCCUGAGCAAUCUGGUCCUGUUGAAGAACCUUUGGGACCUGAUCGUGCUGGUGCGGGAGACCUUCUCGGCCUGGUACACAGUGCCCUGGGAGAAGAUCGACACGGGGCAGAUGCUGGUCACGGUUCGUGAGCUCGCGCAGCAGGUUCGCAGUGCGCAGAAGGGUCUCCGAGCCUGGCCCCUCUAUGCUUGGCUCCAAGACGAGGUCAAGAACAUGUCGGCGGCGCUGCCUCUGGUGAACGAGCUGCACUCGGACACGAUGCGGGACCGGCACUGGGCCUUGCUAAUGGCCGUCACCAAGAAGACCUUCGAGAAGGGGCCGGAGUUCAGCUUCCGGCACCUCCUGGAGCUGGAGCUGCACCACUUCUCGUCCGAUGUCUACGACAUCGUUGACCAGAGCGUCAAAGAAGCCAAGAUCGAGGGCAAGCUGGACGGCAUCCGCAAGACUUGGUCCAAGAUGAGCGUGGACUUCGACAACGGGCGCGAGGAUUGCCCCUUGCUCGCUGACCUUUCGGAGGUGCAAACAGGGCCGUGA